AAUAUCCUCUUUUCUGAUAAGUAGCAGUAGUAGUAGCUACGAGUGUUAAUAAUAAGAGAGGGAGAAGAUGGAAAAGGCAGUAUAUAUCUUUAUCUAUAAUCAGGAAGUACCGACCGAAGAAGUCGCCAACCACAAAACAAACUGAAGUAGUACUCCAUAUAUCAUAUGAGCAGAUCGAGGCAGCAGCAGCAGCAGCAGAGUGACGUCGGAGCCAUGAACGACGCCCAUGGCCACGGAGGCGGCGCCGGCGACAGCCCCUUCUGCUACUUCCACCCGCGGGAGCUCGUCGUCGGCGUCUGCUCGCACUGCCUCCGUGAGCGCCUCCUCCUCCUCGUCGCGGACGGCGCGUACAAACCGCUCCACCGCAAGACCAGCAGCGUCGUCUCUCUCCCCAAGGUCUUCGCGCUCGGCUCCUUCCUCCAGCGCGUCGACUCCUCCCGCCACCAUCGCCCCGACAUCGACGCCAACUCCGACGCCGCCUCCAUUGCUAGCCUCGAUGAUUCCUUUAUAUCCAUCAAAUUCGAGGACAACGGCAAGGCCACGUGGGAUAGCCAGAAGACGAAAGCUCCUCCUCCGGCUCCGGCGGUGGCGAGAAAGACAGAUAAGGCGGCGACGGUGACGGCGGUGGUGGAGCACGUGAAGCGGGGCGGCGUGACCCGGUGGCGGAAGCAGGUGGUGGGGAGGCUGCUGCAGCUGGCGCGGUGGAAGAGGUCAAGCAAGGCGGGCGGCGCGGCGGCGUGCCAGCUGGGUCUCGACGGCAAGAAGACGGCAGCGGAGAGGUCCAAGGGGAGAGGGAGGAGCUGGAUCCGGAGCCUCACACGGCGGCGAGGUGGCAUGGUGGUCAGCUAGCUCAGCCUCAAUCCUUUGCCUUUCUUAAGAAAUCUCGCCGGAUUGCUCUCCUCUUCGUCUUCAACCUCUACUCUCAUUUGUUUACUGUAAGUACCUAGCUACGUACAUUGCAUACUCCUGUAUGAUAUGAUAUCCAUGUCCAUGAUCUUUGGAAGCACACGUAGUAGAAUAUAGGAAUGAAUCACAGCAUACUAUCAUCUUCUUCAUAGAAAAAGUGCAGCUGCAGCACUGUGUUUUGUGGAAUGUAAUGCAGAGCAGAGAAUCGAUUGAUC